AUGACGGCCCGAUCGCCAAUUGUCUUCGUUUUCGUGGUGCGACUUCAAUCGGAGCCAGAAAAGCGAUCUGUGCCAACUUGGCAUUGCUACCAGAAGCUGAUUCUGAGGCACGGUGAAGUAUCUACAAAAGUGCAGAGAGUUAUCUUUGUUCCCCUCUAUUCUGUAUUUACCUUCACGGUUGGCGCCCAUAAGCAGGAAGUGACAGUACAUUCUUCUGCUUUGGCAGGGCUCUCUCCAAGCUUGAAUUCACUUAUGAAUGGCGAAAUGAUUGAGGCCAAAACUCGACACGUUGUUUGGUCACAUGUUGACGUCGACACAUUCGCUCGGUUAUGUGAAUUUGCUUAUCUCCGAAACUACACACCCCCGACUUCUCGCCUGAUCAGUGGCGAGACUCCACCUGUGGAGCAGCCAGCUGGGGCAGCCAAGGCUACAAAAACCGCGAAAAGAAAGAAAAAGAGGCUCUCGGUUACUGACUGGGAUGCCUGGGGGGCGAGGGCUGCAACUGAGCCUGCAUUCGCGCCUGAGUCGGAGCCGGAGCCUAUGCCUGCGCCGGAUCCGCCGCCCAAAGACCUCUGCGACAACCCAGAAAUUCCAUAUAAAGAGCGAAGUGUCUGGACUAGACAUUUGCGGGACGCAUUUUCAAGAAGCUCGGUGGUUCCGAGCUUGCAAAGUGGCAACUUAGACUGUCCGUUCACGCCACCUAAAAAUACCGGCCCUUGGGAAGACUUUUCCCCUAUCUUUCUCGAACAAGCACGACUGUAUGUGCUAGCUGAUGAAUAUGGCGUCGACUCGCUGUGCCAGCUGGUUUUAUCCAAAUUGUAUCAAACAAUGAAAUCCUUCAAGCUUUAUGACACUGGAGUGAAUGGGAUCAUUGAAUUAGUUCGAUUCGUCUACAUGAACACACCGCCAAACUCCGAAAAGAAGGUAGAUGCCAUGAGGAAUUUGGUAACACGUUAUGUGGUUUCAAUUCUUGGCCAGAUUGGGGAGAAUGAAUGUUUCCAGGAACUUUUGGCAGAGGGUGGUCCAUUUGUCUGUGAUCUUUGGCACACCAUUUGGAGUGCGGAAGAGAAUGAAUUUGAUGGUUCUGUAGAAUGA